AUGGGUGAUCAUUCAUUCAACAAACACUCGCAGGGGUCUUCACUCCAUCCAAUUGAGGAACGCGAAAAUAGUCCCAAUUCUGUGUCUUCUAGCGAGACCUUGAACAAUUCGAAGAGCAAUCCACCUCCAAAAACACAGUAUUCUAAGGAAGUGAAACAGCAGCAAGAACAGCAACAAAAGUCUUCGUCAUCUCAACAGCGCUCACAGCCGGAAGCAUUCUCAAAUGAACAUCCACCUACACCACAAGGACAACCACAGACUCCACAAGGGCAACCAUCAACGCCCUUCGGCUCACGAGCUGCCUUCAAUAGACAGCCCACAGAAUCAGGAAGUCUAUACUACGGACACCAAUCUCAACAAAAUGGCUCGACCAGCGUACCAACCCGAGACACCGUUCGACGGGGACCUUCUCACACCCUGGCAGGUCCAGGGGCGAUGGACGACCAAGCAGCACAAGGACCUGUUUACUUGGAUCCCGAAUACCGGUCUAUGAACCCACGAUAUGGAAAAAACAACGAGCAGCCCGUGUGGGGAUUAGCAAAGCCUCUUCCGCGCGUUGUGAGACCCGGCAUGCGUCGCGAUGAAAAUUCCCAGCAGAAAGCAUACGAUACCAAGCCUCGAGGCGAAGCAGAAGCUGCACCAGAGCUUGGUGUAACGCCUGGUCUAUCCAACUCUCGUUCUAAUGCUAAUGAUACACCUGCUACGCCGGCCACACCUGCCACACCGACGCAACAUCCUCCCACAUAUGCAUCUGCGGCUCAACAGGGCGCUCCAGUGGAACAUGCCGUAUAUGGAACGCAGCCCGAUGGUCUGCUACGUCCAAUGGAAAGUGAAGCAGGUUGUGGUGGCGGAAUGAUGAAAGAGGAGGACAUGAACCAACCGGAACAAGAAGAAUUCCUAAACAACUGGGUGAAGAUUCGAAAUUACCUAAAGGAACCAUUUGCCGAAUGGCUCGCUACCACAAUAGCCCUCUUCAUCGGCCUAACGGGAACCCUCGCAGUAUCAACAGGAGGCACAAACGCCGGAACAAAACUCUCAGAGAACUGGUCCUGGGGACUCGGCUCAAUGGUCGGCAUCUACCUAGCAGGUGGUGUCUCCGGUGCUCAUCUCAAUCCAGGUAUAUCCAUUGCGCUCUGGAUAUUCCGUGGUUUUCCCGGUCGGCGAUGCUGCUACUAUGUUAUAGCGCAAAUAAUUGGUGCAAUUACCGCGGCAGGAUUGGCAUAUUGUAUCUACCGUGAUUCAAUUAUUACUUUCGCGCCGACUGCCAAGGCUGGUAGCUCCGGUCUUGGGUUUUAUACUGAGCCCAUGAGUCACAUCAGUUCUGCAACAGCUUUUUUUACGGAGUUCAUUGCUGAUGCGAUUCUUCUUUGUGUUAUCUUCGCUAUGGGUGAUGAUAGCAAUGCGCCGCCUGGUGCUGGUAUGCAUUCGUUUGUUAUUGGAUUGGUUAUUUAUGUGCUUUGUAUCUGUUUGGGGUUUAAUACUGGAGGGUGUUUGAAUCCAGUGCGAGACUUCGGUCCUCGUCUUGUUGCUCUUAUGGUCGGAUAUGGCGGUGAGACAUUCACUGCUCGGAAUGGCUGGUGGUUCUGGGGUGGUUGGGUUGCUACUAUUAGUGGCUGUCUUGUUGGUGCCGUUCUUUACGAUACAUUCAUCUUUAUUGGUGGUGAAUCUCCUAUCAACUAUGCGCCCAGACGGCGUAUGAGAGCGAAGCUCAAGGAAGAGACUAAAUGGCGGCAUAGACUUGGUAUCGGAAAAAGUAAAAUUCCGUCUUUAGAAGAUGGAAUCAAGAAAUUGGAAGAUUGA